CGGCCUGGGGCUCACUUCAGCACCUUCACCUACCUCGUACCUGUCCGAGAGUUACAAAGCAAUUUCCACCUUCAUACUCCAUUCUGACUACAGGAUCUACAAAGCUGCCACGAUCUGUUUGAUUUCCACCUGGUCAGCAGUUUACAAAGUUAGCAGGUUAGCGGCAUGGACGUCCUCCUAUACACCACAAACGGGGCGUCGAAAAAAGUCCUUUGGCGGCCGGGAGGGGGCAGGAGCGUCGUUCUGAGAGAGACAGACUAUCGUCUCUUUAGUCAGGUUGGCCUCACAGUCCACCUCUACGACGCACUCACCAUCUGUGGUGAUAAUGGGAUGAUCCCGAAGCCCAUCACGGCCCUGAGCACUUUGAGGGAUAAAACUCUACAAUGGCAAAAGCACCAUCCCUGUCGCAACCUUCGUGUCCUCUGGUUCGGCGCGAAGCUUGACGGAGAGGACGAAGACGCACACGAUUGGUACGGCAAUGUUCAGUUCGCCUUCCCGACAGAUGUCAUGAUGCACCAUUGGAGAAACUUUUACCUCGUGGAGAUGCUGACGACGUCCACGCAUACCACAACGCGCAUUCUGGUGACCAAUGCUGACUACUCGUCCGUCCUGCCGCCGUACGACCCCCGGACUCCAGGCGGGUCGUGGCGACUCACUCCAGAUGGCCGCCAUGAGUGCCUGGCGGACUGCCGCCGGUACAGCAAUCAAGGUUGUAAUGGAGACGGACACAUCCUGGAGUUUAUGAUUGAGGUUGAACAGUUUCAGAUAAGGACGAUCUUGGCUGAGUCAACCUUAUCCUUCAGGAACCACGAGCAGGGGGGGAAUGGUGGCCCUCACGACUGCCAUAGGUCUGGAAGGCUUCCCAUGUGCCCGACACCUUGCACCAAGGACGUAGCCGCUAAAAUAUUCUUCGAGGAGCACCAGCGCAGCGGUCUCCAGCAGGACAUGGCCACACCCAGGCUGGCUCCAAGUGCCGAGAGACUCCGCAUGGACUUCCCGGCUGGAAGAGAGUACAGCUUCUAAAUGUCCCCGGCCUUGUCAUUGGCCUUUUUUUCUUUAGGUGCUGCUUAUAGCGCCGGUAGGCUGGCUUGAAGGGCCUCUUGGACGACCCCAGUCCGUUAGUGGCGCGGGCGAAUUUUAUUUAUAGUGUCUGCCGUGAUGUGUGACUCAGGCCUGGCCCAUGCUGCCCCCCGGUGCUCCACUUGAACGAGGUCGCUAGGGUUAGGGUUGACUGAAGAUUUGGGCAGCAUGUGGGCAAUCUUCCGCCACUCGGCAAUGGUUGAAAAAAUCAGCAAGUUUCGGUGGGACCCGAACCGAGGUCCAUGGGCUCACCACGCCCGCACGCUGACCACUCGACCACCGCCUCCCCAUCGCUUUCCUGUACUUGCACCGCCGGACCAGGGCAGCGUCAGUAGGGCCCAUCGGCAGAGCCUUCAGAACGGGGAAGUCAAAAGUGCACACUUGUGUUCGGGUUCGGACAAGAGAAUACUGAUCCUCAACAUGAUAUUCAGAACAUUAUUUACAACUCCACUGUGAAGAAUCACGUAUUACUAGAAUACGUAUUUUGUGUAUCUCAUAGCGCAAUGUGUGAGGAGGAAGACUACAAGAACAUAUUGGAUUGUUGAGGGAUGCUAAUAAAAACUAAGCAGAUGUUAUGAAAAAAAAAUGUAAAGAACUAGAAGACCCAAAUAAAGAAACUUGAUUAUUGAAACUUUAUGAAA